AUGAUUCAUCGAUACUCUCCUGAAUCACCUAUACAUCGCACCAACAACCUUACUGAAAACAAGAUAUGGGAAGAGUAUAUUCGUUUGUCGAAUUCUAGAGUUAAAUCCCUAACAAGGUUACAUGGUACCAAUACAAAUACUACCUCUUUGAAGUCGCGUCACAUAAAUGAUUGGAUCGUACGACCUUCUUUAGGUCUCGUGGAUCUAUUAUAUUAUGUGCAAGUUGGUAUUGGUACAUUUAAUCAAGAUCCAAGGUACAAAACUUAUUACCUAGGCUUAGAUACGGGCAGUGAUCUUACAUGGACACAAUGCGAAGGUUGCGGCCAAAAUUGCUUUCAUCAAGCAGAUCCCUUAUUUCCAGCUAGUCAAUCACAAUCUUACAAACCACUUCCUUGUGAACAUUGCCCUUCUAGUGCACAAUGCCAAAGUGAUGGUUGUAAAUUGGAACGAGUUUAUAGCGACGAUUCAUCCGAAUUAGCUAUUGCUGCCUUGGAAACUUUAACCUUCCAAUCUGACUACGACCAAUAUGUAGCUGUAUUUAACGCCUUUUUUCGGUUGUGGCAUUAA